CACUCGAGAUACGCGAUUAGGCAAGGCAUGUUAUUUUAAUCGACGAAUUUCGUAGAAAAAUAGUCAAAAUAAUAAAACCAUUUAUUCACCGAAAUAACAAACUGUUUGUACCGGUAAUUUUUAGUAUGUGUUCGUUUUUCGUGGUCGUUGGAGCUUAAAUAUCGGGUACCAAAAUAAAAUGAGUAGCCGAUUACGUGAUAAAUAUCGAAAAUUUAAAAGUGGUGCUGAAAAGCGAAAACUUAAAAAUGUUCAAAAAGAGCAGGAUAAACUUUUAAAAAACUCUUUAUGUAAAUUUUUAAAAAAAGAUCAAAAUGAUUGUGUUGCCGGAAGUAGUAGCCAAGUUAACAUUGAAAAUAACGAACAAAAAUUAUUGUUAGACAAUAUUACUAUUGAAACAAAAGAAUUACAAUCCGGUAGCAAUGAAGUAAAUGAAAAUCUUCAACAAACUAUCAAAAGAUUUACUACUCCAAGAAGAUACAAGGAACAAAAAAGUACAGGACGAUGAAAUUGAUUAUGACGAUCCAGGUAAAUGGCAAAAUAUUACAGAUAAAUUACGAGUUUAUUUAAUAGAGAACUCGCCUUCAAAAAUUAUAAAUUAUAAUUUUCCAUCAAACGACGAAGGUAGAAAAUUCAGCAUAACACAUUAUAAUCGAAUAAUGGGCAACGGUGAAAAAGUGGUAAGAAAUUGGCUUUUAUAUUCUAAAUCUUUAAAUCGAGUUUUUUGUCUCUAUUGUCGUUUAUUUUCUUCAAACUCAACUUCAUCAUUGGCGUCAGAAGGAUUUUUUAAUUGGAAACAGAUAAGUGAACGUUUAAAAGAGCACGAAUUAUCUAUUUCACAUAAUAUAGCUCAAGAAAAAUGGCUACAACUACGUAUGAGACUUAAUCUCCAUACAACUAUAGAUAAUGAUAUUCAAAGAAACGUAAAUAUUGAAAAAGAACGUUGGCGUAAUAUUCUUAAACGAAUUAUUGCAUGUAUAGAAUUUUUAGCAGAGCAUAAUGACGCUUUUCGUGGUACAAGUUCUAAGUUAUAUACAGUUAAUAAUGGUAAAUUUUUAGGCUUACUUCAAAUGAUUGCAAAAUUUGAUUUAAUUAUGGCUGAUCAUUUAAAACGUGUAUAUAAUAAUGACAUCCAUGAUCAUUAUUUAGGUCCUAGGAUACAAAAUGAACUUAUUAAUAUUAUUGCCACAAAAAUACGUGAUGAAAUAAUAAAUCGAGUAAGACAAAGUAAAUAUUUCACAAUUUUAUUGGACGGAACUCCUGAUAAAGGUCACAAGGAGCAGCUUACAUUUUUAUUGCGCGUUAUAGAAAUUUCGAAAAUUUUCAAAUAUGAAAUAAAUGAAUAUUUUAUAUGUUUCAUUCAUACUACAAGUAAGACUGGCUUGAAUUUAACAGAGGAAAUAAAAGCACAAUUGAAACUAAUGAAUAUAGAUUUAAAUAAUUGUCGUGGCCAAUCGUAUGACAACGGGGCGAAUAUGAUAGGUCAUCAUCAAGGAGUGCAGUCAAAAAUCCUUUCUGAAAACUCAAGAGCUUUUUUUGUUCCGUGCACUGCUCACAGCCUUAAUUUACUUCUCGGAGAUAUGGCAUCAUCCGUACCAGCUGCUAUGACAUUUUUUGGGGUAAUUCAAAGAAUUUAUUCUAUUUUUGCUGCCUCUACUGAAAGAUGGACUAUUCUUCUCAAAUACGUUUCAGAUUUUACACUAAAACCAAUGUCAGAUACUAGAUGGGAAUCUCGGGUCGAAUCGGUUAAGCCUAUCCGUUUUCAAUUAUGCCAAGUACAUGACGCUUUAAUAGAAAUUAGUGAAUCAACGAAGGAUCCUAAAAUAAAAAGUGAAAGCUCGUCAUUAGCAAACUAUGAAUUUUGUUAUGACUUUAUUUUAAGUGUUGUUAUUUGGUAUGAACUGUUAUCUGCUAUAAAUAAAGUUAGUAAGAGUCUUCAGAGCAAAAAUAUGGAAUUGAGUAAUGCUGUACAGUUGUUAAGUGGUCUUAAAGAUUUUUUUUAUAAUUUUAGAAAUGAAGGGUUUGAGUCGUCAAAAAAAAUUGCGCAAAAUUUAUGUGAAGGCCUUGAUAUUCAAGCAGUUUUUAAACAAUCUAGAAUUAAAAAAAAAGUUAGGCAGUUCAAUUAUGAAAGCAAAGAUGCACGUCUAAAUUCAGCUGAGCAAACAUUUUACGAUGAUUAUUUUUUAGCCGUAAUAGAUCAAGCAAUCGUAUCAAUUAAUGAACGUUUUGAACAACUAUCUCAUCAUUCAGAAUAUUUUGGAUUUUUAUAUUAUAUUGAAAAUUUAAAAACAUUUGACGAAGAAACGUUUUAG